GUUUACGGAGUGCAGCGCUACCAGACAAGGCUGCAUUUAAAGCUGGACUGAUUCCCGACUCUCUUGCAGGAGAAACAAAGCACUAACUGAACAAAGCGUCGUCCUCGCUCAUACCUGCAGAGUUAGGAUAAACUACAGGCGUCCACAUCUGGACUCUGCAUGCUUUAGUCAAAGGGAAUAGUAGCGCAGAAACCCCCGCUUUGCGUGGUCAGCAUGGAUGGCUCAGAGGAGGACGACUACUUCUACCAUGAAAACAUCAGCUUCAACUUCAGCUACGAGGACUACCCGGUCCUCUGCGAGAAGGGUGACGUCCGCUCCUUUGCCGCCGUCUUCCUCCCCAUCAUGUACACCGUGUGCCUGGUGGUGGGACUGGCGGGAAACAGUUUAGUCGUGGCGGUCUACGCCUACCACAAACGCCUGAAAACCAUGACGGACGCCUUCCUGACCCACCUGGCUGUGGCCGACCUGCUCCUUCUCUUCACGCUGCCCUUCUGGGCUGCUGAUGCGGCGCGGGGCUGGGAGCUGGGCGAGGUCGUCUGUAAGAUCGUGUCGGCCUGCUACUCGAUCAACUUCACCUGCUGCAUGCUGCUGCUGGCCUGCAUCAGCCUGGAUCGUUACUUGGCGUUAGCCAGGGCGCAAGGAAAAGACCAAAGUCGGUGGCUGCAGAGGAUAAUCACCAGGAGACACUGCUGGAAGAUGUGUUUAGCUGUUUGGGCGACAGCUUUCAUCCUUGGUCUUCCUGAUUUGAUUCUCUCAGAAGUGAGAUGGCUGUCUAAUAGGAGUGUCUGUCUGGCUGUCUAUCCUCCAUCGAUGGCCCGAGGACCGAAAGCUGCUCUGGAGAUAGCAGAGGUGCUGCUGGGAUUCCUGCUCCCACUCCUGGUUAUGGUGAUCUGUUACUGGAGCAUGGGCCGGGAACUGAAGGGCCUCCCUGUGGAGAGCAGAGGAAAGAAGUGGAGAGCUCUGCGUGUCCUCCUGACCAUAGUGGGGGUGUUUGUGGUCACUCAGCUGCCUUAUAACGUGUUGAAGGUCUACCGGGCGAUGGACUCCGUCUACGCCUUAGUGACCCACUGCGGGACGAGUAAGGCGUUGGAUCAGGCGGCUCAGGUGACAGAGAGCUUGGCCCUCACUCACUGCUGCCUCAACCCGAUCCUCUACGCCUUCGUGGGGUCGUCUUUCAGGCAGCACAUGAUGAAAGUGGCCAAAACGUUUGGCAAGAAGAGAAGAAUGAGGAGGAAGAGGAGGGAAAAUCCUGCGGGGGACGAAGAGAUUGAGAUGUCAUUUAACUCCCACAGUGCAUCACCAGAGACAAACACAUUCUCAAUAUGACUCAACACUAGUGAAUAAUCACAGUAAAAUCACAUGUUCAGUAGAGCAGAAGAGCAGAGGCAACAGCAGUAGAAUCAUGUGUGGAAAUCAUUAAGAUGUGCAAAGAUUCCACUGACUUUUUAGUACUGUAAGACUUCAAUUCCCUCGAAUCAAAACAAGAAGUUGUUAGUUGCAUUCUUGUUUCCUUUCAAAGACCAAAGAAAUGUAUGUUUUUUUCUAUUGUGAGUGAUGAAUGAAAAAGGAAUUAUGAUUUCUGUUAGUUGUUUUGUCCGUUUUUAUACCCUGGUCAUUUCAAGUGUAUUUCUCAUAGUUUGCAUGACAGCGAGCUCCUACUAUUUUGACUUUUUUGAAAAGUGGUUCUAUCAAAUGAAAUACUCACUUUGCAGAGAAGCCCACAAGAUUAAAUCUGGUUGUUUUUUGUUGUUUAUCCAGAUCUUAGGCAACAGACAUUUCGCUUAGAUUUCACAAGAAACAUUUAAGACUUGUGCUAACACUUCCAGCUGCUCACACUGCACAAAAUAGAACCUCAAACUCUUCAUUACACACUGUACAGGUACAAAUUAAACAAUGUAUGAGCUGGAACGUUGUUCUUUUUGAAACAACUUUGUAAUUGCAACUUGUUUGAAAAAAUGCAUGUUUUAAGUAUAAUCACUUUAACUAAAUAAUCCUGAUUCACUUGAUUUUACACAUCUGCACAGCCUGCAAACCAGAUGUAGACUUCCACACAUGCAUGCACCACUGAUAUGAAGUGAUUUUGGAUCUCGAAUAUUCUUCUUGUUGACCUAUAUACCUUCUCACCAUGUAUUUUUUAUUCUCAGCUCAAAAUGUACCUAAAUUCCUGAUUAUUAAAAGAUAUCACAUAUCAGCUUGUUUGCACUGGUGGUGUUGCUUUCUACCAAAUCUACACCCAGUGGGGUUUAACUUUCUUUUAAGUGGGAAAGCCACAGAUUAGUUUCCUGAAUUCCUCAGAGCAUCUGAAGCACAUUGACUGCACACAUACUUCACAGUUGAUCGCUGCAGCCAAGUCUACAAAACACCAUGAAAAACAACUUUUAGUAAUUUAACGAGAUGGUCGUGAUGUUCUUCAUUGUUGUAAAUCUUAUUUCUUACAGAUGUUUUUUUGAAGACUCAACCCCUCAAGGUGACUUGGAUAGGAUAGAGAGGGAGGAUUGUACACAUUCAAACAUUUAGACAUACGCUUGUGAAACGUCCAGUAUUAGCACACUACCUUUUUUAGAUAACCACAUGUGCGUGCUACAUUGCCUUCACUUUCAAACUGAUUACAACAUCCCCCUGUUCUGUUUUAUCUGAAUAGCUGGCACAUCCACUUCUCAGUGGUUAUAUGGGACCAAAGGUGAUGUAACAUUAUGUUUGUGGUCUGCAUAACUAUUGUAAAAUAGGUCUGUUGUUUUCCAUAAUCUGAGGUAGUGGAAGCCUGUAGAUGUUGAAAAGAAGAGGCCCAAGAACAGAGCCUUGAGGAACUCCAUGUAAUUUACGUCUGUCCAAUGUGUAAUCUUAGUUUGUUGUGUAAUAGGCGACAAUGUUUCUUCAUUUGCUUGUGUUUUAUCUUGUGUUGCUUCAAAUAGAAUUGAAACCAGUAUAGCACAGCUCCAGAAAGUCCAUCCCAGUUUUCGAGUCUCUCUAGUAACAUGAUGUGGUUGACCAUGAGGAACAGCAAUGACAUUUAAUAAUACAGAGACCGAAACUUUUCUACUGUGUUUAAGUGGAUGUCAUCCAAGAUCUUAACAAAAAUAGUCUCUGUGCUGUGGUCCUGACUGGAAAAUAUAAAAACAAUUGUUUAUGGUCAAGACAAAUUAACUGUUGAAAACCAGCCUUUUCAGUGAUUUCACUCAAAAUGGGAGGUUCGAUAUGCACCCUAAUUGUUAAUAAGUCAGUUGUCUACAUUAUUUUAAGAGUGCCCACAAGAUUAAAUCUGGUUGUUUUUUGUUGUUUAUCCAGAUCUUAGGCAACAGACAUUUCGCUUAGAUUUCACAAGAAACAUUUAAGACUUGUGCUAACACUUCCAGCUGCUCACACUGCACAAAAUAGAACCUCAAACUCUUCAUUACACACUGUACAGGUACAAAUUAAACAAUGUAUGAGCUGGAACGUUGUUCUUUUUGAAACAACUUUGUAAUUGCAACUUGUUUGAAAAAAUGCAUGUUUUAAGUAUAAUCACUUUAACUAAAUAAUCCUGAUUCACUUGAUUUUACACAUCUGCACAGCCUGCAAACCAGAUGUAGACUUCCACACAUGCAUGCACCACUGAUAUGAAGUGAUUUUGGAUCUCGAAUAUUCUUCUUGUUGACCUAUAUACCUUCUCACCAUGUAUUUUUUAUUCUCAGCUCAAAAUGUACCUAAAUUCCUGAUUAUUAAAAGAUAUCACAUAUCAGCUUGUUUGCACUGGUGGUGUUGCUUUCUACCAAAUCUACACCCAGUGGGGUUUAACUUUCUUUUAAGUGGGAAAGCCACAGAUUAGUUUCCUGAAUUCCUCAGAGCAUCUGAAGCACAUUGACUGCACACAUACUUCACAGUUGAUCGCUGCAGCCAAGUCUACAAAACACCAUGAAAAACAACUUUUAGUAAUUUAACGAGAUGGUCGUGAUGUUCUUCAUUGUUGUAAAUCUUAUUUCUUACAGAUGUUUUUUUGAAGACUCAACCCCUCAAGGUGACUUGGAUAGGAUAGAGAGGGAGGAUUGUACACAUUCAAACAUUUAGACAUACGCUUGUGAAACGUCCAGUAUUAGCACACUACCUUUUUUAGAUAACCACAUGUGCGUGCUACAUUGCCUUCACUUUCAAACUGAUUACAACAUCCCCCUGUUCUGUUUUAUCUGAAUAGCUGGCACAUCCACUUCUCAGUGGUUAUAUGGGACCAAAGGUGAUGUAACAUUAUGUUUGUGGUCUGCAUAACUAUUGUAAAAUAGGUCUGUUGUUUUCCAUAAUCUGAGGUAGUGGAAGCCUGUAGAUGUUGAAAAGAAGAGGCCCAAGAACAGAGCCUUGAGGAACUCCAUGUAAUUUACGUCUGUCCAAUGUGUAAUCUUAGUUUGUUGUGUAAUA